AUGAACAUCUUCUCCAAAAAACCUACCGCCAAAGAGGCUUUAAGGGAAAGCAAGCGUGAAAUGUCUAACGCGACUCGAGGUGUAGAAAGGGAAAUUUAUACAUUGCAAUUAGAGGAAAAGAGGCUUGUUGCCGAGAUCAAGAGAACCGCUAAAAUAGGGAAUGAGGCGGCAACCAAAAUUCUCGCUCGCCAGUUAAUUAGGCUCCGGCAGCAAAUAUCCAACUUACAGGGUAGUCGGGCUCAGAUGAGAGGUAUAGCGACUCACACUCAGGCAAUGUCUGCCCAAACUUCAGUUGCUGUUGGCAUGAAAGGUGCAAGCAAAGCUAUGGCAGCAAUGAAUAAGCAAAUGGCUCCUGCAAAGCAGGCGAAGGUGAUUCAGGAAUUUCAGAAGCAAUCGGCACAAAUGGAUAUGACUACUGAAAUGAUGUCGGAUGCCAUUGAUGAUGCUUUGGAUAACGACGAGGCUGAGGAUGAAUCUGAAGAACUCACUAAUCAGGUGCUGGACGAAAUUGGUGUGGACAUUGCCUCACAGUUAUCAGCUGCUCCAAAAGGAAAAAUUGCAGGGAAGGAUGCCGAGAGUGCCGGCAGUUCGGAUAUCGAUGAAUUAGAGCAGAGGUUGGCCGCCCUCAGAAAUCCUUGA